CCGCCGCGGCACAAUUGAAUGGAGGGCCUGCUACGCGAAAUAAUACAUCUGCCAUCUCCCCAUCACCCAGUCACAUCAACCGCAACCGCAAUUCAUCACCGCCAAACUUCAAGAUGAGCCACCCAACACAUCCCGCGACAGUGCACUUCCCCAUCACAACCACCCUACUCACGGGUGGUCUGGAUGCGGUAUACUUCCUCUCGAAGUACGCACCGACGUCUAGCGCUGUGGCCUCGGCCUUCAAAACCCUAGAUAUCGCCAUAAACCCGACCAUCUUCCCCCUUCUAUCCUACUACACCACACUCCUCACGCUCCUCUUCUCCGCGCCCGCCGUCGCGACCGGCAUGUACGAAUUCAUUCCCCUUGUCAAGCGCGACGGCUUGAAGUCGAAGAAGGCACAGGUCGGUGCGCUACACGCUGUCAUCAACGAUGUAACGGUGAUUGGUGCGGCCUUCAACUGGUGGACGCGCAGGAGCAAUCCCGGCAUGGUGCCGAGUGACACAAACAUCUUGAUCAGCAGUGUCAUUGCGCUGCCGGCUACCAUGUUCGCGGCCUACUUGGGCGGCAGUCUAGUGUAUGUAUAUGGUAUGGGCUUCAGGGGUGGACAAGCAAAGGCGAAGAAGGCGCAGUAGACGUGAGAGAUACAAUGGAUGCUGGCUAUAUCACUGUCAAGAAGCAACGCGGGGUAAUGAAGUCUUAUGCAUUGGUACUCUGUUCCUCGUUGUAACUGAUCUGGCUUGUACAGUCAAAGCAAAGGAGCAGAGGAUACAAGGGGCAGAACAGUGAAAGUAAGGCACAAGAGGAUCAGAAGAGUGAGAAGUGGGAA